UAACUUAAACCCCCGAAACUCCACCUUCCGGGCGCGCGGCGCGGAGCCGGUGGUGGGAAUGGAGCGAGCAGAUUGAGGCCGCCACUGCAGCGCCGCCGCCGGCAUGAACUUGGCCGCGAGCUGAAGCGCCCGGCGGCGGGCGGGCGCAGGGGCACCGGCCACUCGCCAGGGGGGUGAUCGCGAGCCGGGCCGGGUCACUCGGCGGGCGCCCGAGGCCAGGCUGCCCGCUCCCGCUGCCGCCCGCCCCUCGGGCACUGCCCCCGCCGCCGCCAGAUCUCCGCAGCACGCCCUGUGUCUAGGUCGUUUGGGAAACGCCUUGGAGAGUCAAGAAUAAAAUUGCAGGUCAAACAAUGGAUGACUGGAAAAAUCGGCUUGUAAUCAAGAACAUGCUUCCCAAUUACUCCAUGGUGGGAAAUCAUCAGGAACACAGAAAGCUCCAGGAAUCGGGAGCCACUAAGAGGAGACAGGAAGAAGAGAGCUACCAAUAUCCAGGCAUGGCUGAAGGGGGUUACCCUAGUAAAAGCAAGAGGCCUUGCCUUGAAGAUGUCACUCUCUCGAUGGGAGUGCCCCGGGCCCAUGCCAGCGCAGCAUGUACCGAGCUGCAGCCUCCUCCCAUGCCCAUGAAUCCCAGCUCCGUAGCCAUGGGAGUCACUGGCCAUUCUCUGAUGCUGGAAAAUAAUCCCAUGAAUGGUGGCAAUGUCAUGGGAACCCCGUACGCAGUGGUGCAGCCCACAGACAUGAGCCUGAAGGGGGCGCCCCACCUUGUUCCUUACUGCGACAAAAGUAACAACAACAGCAGCAACAUGCAGGCCGCUGUGGACCAAGAGCUUCAGGAGCUGCUGGAUGAACUGACCAAGAUUCAAGAACCGGGAUCGGCUGAGCUCGAUCUGGAGAAGAUCCUUGGAAACAAGCCGGAGGAGCCGCUGCUCUUGGAUCAUCCGCAGGCGAGCCUGGCAGCCCCGUCCAAGCCCACCGUUCAGAUGCCACACCUGGAGAGCCUGGGGCCCAGCAAAGAGUUUCCUCCGAGUUGCAGCCAGGUGCCUGGCAUAGCACUGCCAAUGCCAUCCUCUUCCGCAGGGGUCAGCUAUGGACUGCCCCCCACCAGUAAACAGAUGAUGUCUCCUACCACUUCUGGCAUGCAGGUCAAGAAUCCGGCACAGGCGAGGCCCCCGGUGGCCAUGCCUCAGAUCCCGGUGCCGCAGUGGCAUCACGCCCACCAGUUGAAGGUGCUGGCAGCCAGCAAGCAGGGCUCGGCCACAAAGCAGCAGCAGACACCGGCCCCCACCUGGUCCGGUCUGCCUGCCCCGGGGGUCUCACCCCCCUACCGCCCCGUGCCAUCACCUCACCCACCGCCAGCCUUCAGCUCGCAGAGCCUCCUGGUGUCGUGCAUGUCAUCAGGCACCAUGCAGGCCUCCUCCAGCGCCUUGCUCCCUAGCAUGCCCUAUGUGCCGAGCCCGGCAAUCAGCCAGCAGCAGUCGCAGUUCACCCAGCAGAGCUCCAUCCUCGCGCACCUGGUGUCAUCCACCAUCAAGCACCCUCAAGGCCACAUGCUGACCGCGCUGCCCACCAGCACCCCGGGCCCAUCGCCGCCCUAUCGCCCGGAGAAGCUGGCCAGCCCCGGCUUGCCGCAACAGUCCUUCACCCCUCAGUGCUCGCUGGUCCGGAGCCUGCCAACCAGCAGCAAUGCGCUGGGGCAGCAGCAGCAGCAGCAGCAGCAGCAGCAGAUGGCCAAUGCCAUGUUCAAGCCCAUGAGCACCAACGCAUCCAAAGCCCCCUUCAACAUGCUCAUGCCGCAGGCCAUGGCCAGCGGCAGCCACGGCGUCCCCGAGCCUCUGUCGUUUGGCAACACCAAACCACUAUCACAUUUCAUGUCGGAGCCGGGCCCCUCCAAGAUGCCACCCAUGCCAGCGCCAUCACGCCAUGCCAGCCUGCUCCACUACCUGCAGCAGCCGCCGUCCAUGCCGUCCUCGGCCACUGCCUCGUCCACCGCCACGGCCACGCUGCAGCUGCAGCAGCACGACCCCUCGACGUUCCUGCUGCAGCAGGUGAUGCAGCAGCCACAGCGCUACCAGCAGCGUGCCCUGGGCUCCGAGGCGCUGCCCACUCUGCCAAGACAGACUCAUGUAGAAAAAGCCUGCAAGCUUGGGGAAACCAGGCUCCCCCAGGUGGGCCUCGGGCGACAGGCCUCAUCCUGCCAAGCCCUGGGGAGUGAGUCCUACCUGCCCGGCAGCUCCUUUGCCCAUGAUCUGGCCCGAGUCACCUCGCACAACAGCUCGCAGGCAGCGCCCUGGGGCGGCUGGGAUCCGAAGGCCUGGAGGCAGCUGCCCGCACCACUGCUGCCUACCUGCGAAGCCCUAGCAAGGGAAGCGGACAUCCGGUCCUAUGGCAAUGAUCCCUGAGCAGCGGCGGGCAUAUACCGCCCAACAGUUGAGACAAUUUCAAGCCGUCCAAGAACAAGUCAUCUUCAAGUGUAGCCGAACCACGGCCGACCCUGCAUCCAGCCAGCACGUGAUACCACCCAGGCCCGGGGGCCUUUCAAACACUUUCAAGCCCGGAAUGAUACAGCAGCGAGGCCUCUGCUACUCCGGCAUCCCAGUCCCCUUCCUGUCACCCGCUGUGUACCCACACACCUAUCUGACCAGGGCCGCCCCCUCGGGGGCACCCCUGUCUGGCUUCUGUCUCAGCUCUCUGGGUAUUCAGCAUCCAAGCCCCCACCUGCUAAGAGUGUCCGCCGCCACCCCUGCCAUGAUUAGCAGCACCAUGUGGAUGCUUGCGGCCACCCGCGAGGGCUCUCGGGUCCCUUCCCUGAGCCAGAUAGUGAGCAGCAGCAUCCGGCAGUAUCUCGACAGCAGGGCCAUCUUCACCCAGGCCUUCCCUGUGCUGCCCGCAGCCGUGCUCCCCAGUCAGAUGGCCACAUGGGGCAGGCCUAGUGGGAGAGCGAACGCUCCGGCCACAGCUAGUCCUGGCCCCGUGGCUCAGAUGAGCCCUGUUCCGGCCCCAGUGCCCGUGCCAAUUGUCACCACGUCCCCCGAACAGGGCUGGGUCGGCUCUGAUCCCAGAAGCCCCAUCCAGGCCGUUGAGCCACCCAGCUCUGUGGCUGCCGCCGCCACCGCGGCCGCCGCCUCUGCUGUUGCUGCCAGCCAGUCUCCCGAGCAGCCUGAGGCCCUGUUCCCACUCGCUGAUGAUGCCCUGUUGCUCUCCGACGGUCGUGAGCUGCCGCUCCUCCUUCGGGAGCUCUUUCAAGGCCCCAACAGCGUCCCCAAUGAGCCCUGGCUAUGUGAUCUGAGGAUGAUCGAUGACAUUUUGGGACAGCACACUGCCGUCCCGCAUACCUCAGAUCGAGAGGCCCCUAGUGCAGACCCGGGCGCUAGCACUAGGGAGGCAUAAGCGUAGAGAGCAGCCAGCAUUGAUGUCACCGUAGAGUGUUGGAUUGAGAGUCAAUUCACAACAGGCUCCAGACAGCCAGAUAGUUAUGACCCGCUCCCCCCCACCCACCCCCAUACACAGUGGAAGUGGCACAGCCCACGCCCCUUCCUCUGUCUACCUUUAACAAAAUAAGAAGUUGGUGAUUUUUCAAGCCACCUGUACAUAGUUGAAAAUUUUGUAAAUGGUUUUCCUAAACGUUAAUGGCAGAAGUAUUUAUACUUCUUUUUGUGACUUUGUAAAUAAAGCCACGGCUUUCGUUUUGGUAGAGUUGUGUUUAUUAUGCAUUGUUUUGUGUUGAUUACACAUUGUUGCCUAUAUCCUCAAGCUUGUGUUGUUCUGCUCCCAAUACCUUCGAAGCCAGGUGGCUGAGUCGCUUCUGGUUUGUGACGCAAUGAGAUGUGUAUGUGACCUAGAGGGUACCGUGCAAACGGACAAUAAUUAUUGCCAAGUAGAAAACCACUUGGCCAUUUAUUAGCAUUCUCACUGAAAAUUCUAUCUCGUGUGUGGUUUUUUGAUGUCUUUUGCAAACCUUGCCGUCUAUGCUUGCUCUUUCCUGAUGAGCAUUUUACAGCAGAAGCAUGGUGAAUGCCCCAGGAGACUGAGACCUCUUGGAGAUUUGGGAGAGGCGGUCCCCGGGAAUGAGUGCUCUGCACUCACCGUUCACCUGGAGAGAAAGCCCAGCUUUGCCCUGCUGGCCACCCUCGCUGGGUGAAAGGGAGGUGAUAAUCAAAGACUUUCAGGAUUUUUUCGAUGCAAGGCUCUGUGGUUUGGGGGGAAAGUCUGUAAACAUUAAUAGUUGAUUUGGGGUUUGUCUUUGAUGCUUUCUCUCGGCAAUUAUCGUUCUGUAUAUUUGAGUGUCUGUUAUUGGAAACCCACACCCACUGUUCUGUAAACUUUUCUCGGUGUCCAGACUCCGUGUAAUCACAUUUUAAUUGCCACCUCGUAUUUCACCUCAACAUUUGAAAUCUGGCGUCUGUUUCCAGCCAAUGCGGUUUUUUUCUUCGUUCUGUAAUAAACAGCCAGGAGAAAAGUG